GUUGUGAUAAAUGUAUUUUAGAAUUGAAUUUUAAAAUUCAAGCAAUCCAUAAUUCAAUUCAAGAUUUAAUUGGAAUAUUUAUGACAGAAGGAACUAAGUGUAGAGAGAUCUCUACAAAAAAGGAAAUUUAUAUUGCAAAUUUACGAAAAACCUAUUUUAUUGGUGAUGAUACAGAUGAAAUAGAUGCACAAGAAGAUUCCUUUUUCUCCUUGCAUGAAGAAUAUGAUGAAUUAAGACAUUUUUUUGGUACAAAGAUUACAGAUUCUAUAAUACAUUGCAUUAGACAUUCUCUUGUUGUAUUACAUAAGAGAGUUGUUUCAAAAUCAUUACAUAUUGGCACUAAAUUACAAACAAAGGAAUCAUUAAUAUCAACAAAACCUUCAUUUUUGGGAAAAAUUAUGUUAAUGAUACCAGAUGUAAUUAUGCAACCAUCUCUAGAUGAAGUUCAACAAAUUUUACAUAAAAGUACUGAAAUGAUAAUUGAUAUCACAAAAGGCAUCAGUUCUUGGAGAAUGCAAUCCAGACCAUCACAUUAUAAUUUUAUGAAAGCAGAAAGUAUGCAAGAAAUAUCAGUAUAUUAUAGAGCAGCUGUAGAAAAUAAUGAAAUAUCAAAAUUAGUACUAGUAUUGAAUUCUUCAGUAUCAGCAAUUGCUCAGAUUAUUAGAAGUGUCAUUGAUAGUUAUAAGGAGUAUCAAGAUUUAUGGAUGAAAGAUAAAGACUAUACAGUUAAGGUAUAAAU